UUCAGUCUCGUGGCCGCUCAGACGGGGUCCUGACAAGAACAAGCAUUCCCGUGUCGUGGGAUCAGCGGGAAAGCGAGCAUGAGUUCUGUGGAUGCUGUGCUGCGUGGGCAGAGCUGCCAUCAGCAAACCACCCCCAAUGUGCCCUUGGAUACCCCGACCAAGCACCAGCCACAGCCUGGACUGUGGCGUGGAUCCCCUGUUCCCACUCCUGUGCCCAUCCCUGCACAGCCUGGAGUCAGUCCCUGCCCUCUGCCCGCCGCUGGCAGCUCCGGAGGAAACGCCUGUCCAUGAGGAUCUGCUGCAGCUCGAGAUAAAAACCACACGUGCUCUUUAUCCGGCAGCAGCAGCCGGAGGGGAGCACGGCUGCACAGGCGGGGAGGAGGAUCCCUGCCUGUGCUGUGGGCCCGGGAAGGUGCCUGGAGGCCAGGGGGAUCUGAGAGCAUGUGGGUAGGGGUUUCCACCGCCGGGAAUCUGGCAGGUUUCCCUGGGGAAAAGCAGGAGUGAAGGAUGCAGUGCGUGGAUCCCACUGUGUGUGACACUCAGCUGGUGUCCCAGCAGGAAAAUCAGAGCAUCCCACCUCUGCUUUCGCCAUUCGGCAUCACCGAUGGAGCGGAAUGUUCCAGUGGGCAGUGGAAACGCUGUUCCCUGUCUCUGUAAAUCACCCUGCCCGGAUCCCUGGGGAGCGCGGGCACCUCGCUGCGGGCAGAUAUGGAGGCUCUGGGUGGUUCUGCUUUUCCCUCCUGCCCCGGGCCUCGGGGGCACGUGUGACCUGUGAGCCCUGCUGGGGCAGGAGCAGGACGGGGCAGGGGAGAGCCCUUUGUUAAGGGCUAAGAAGUGAAAUGUUCCCACGGUGUGACCUGACACCUUCGGGUUCGGCUCCAGAUAGUCUCCCCCGGUGGGGCCCCAUCCUGGCUGGGAUGAGAUGGAAUGUGACCUCGCUUUAGCCCGGUGAGAAAAAAAAAAAAAAAAAGCAGUCCUGCCUUCCCUGCCCUCCCUUCCCCUUCCUUCUUUCCUUCCCCUUCCCCUUCCCUGCCGCCCCGCGCGGGCCGGGCGGGGCCAGGCGGAGUCUUCCUCCCUCGACGGGAUCCGCCGCUGCCGUCUCUUCUCGCCGGAGCCCGAGUCGGAGCCGGGCAGCGCCGCAGGAUGGACCUCCCCGACCUCACAGGUGCUGCCGCCCUUCCCAAGCACAUCCUGGACGUCUGGGUCAUCGUCUUGAUCAUCCUGGCUACCAUCCUGGUCAUGACGGCGCUGGUGCUCUGCCCGGCCACCGCCGUCAUCAUCUACCGCGUGCGAACUCACCCCACGCGCAACGGCGUCGUGUGAGCCGUGGGCACCGGGGCACGGCCGGCCCGCCAGGCAGGGGGCUGCAGCCAUGGGACCCUGUGCCAGGGACCCCACAGAGCCCGAUGGGGCACCCUGAGAGCUGGAGGGACAGGCAGGAGCCAGGGCCUGCCCCUGUGCUGGCCACAGGCUCUUGCUGGGUGAACCCACUGCCUCGUGUUGCCCCCCGAGCUCGCAGGGACCGUGGCAGAGGUGGCAGCACAGGCAGCAGUGUGACUUCGUGUUCGUGUCCAGCUAGAAACGACUUGCUCCCGUGAGGCAGGGAGACUAGUGUUGCCUUCACUGGUGAUCCCAUCCCAGGCAAGCAGCAAGAAGUGGAAAUGCCGGGCAAAAAUUAUUUCUUCUUUGGAGUCCCAGCUCUCAGGGUGUUUGGAAAAAAGGAUCAAAGCAAGAUGGAUGUGGCUUCUGGCUGAAAGCAUCGGUGACAGAGCCCAUCCUGGCUGCAUCUGGAGACGUGCAUCUGGCACUGACUUCUCUAUCCGUUAUCUGCUGAAAUCAUAGGAAAAUCUUAUGGGGCUCUUGGUUCCUCUGGGUCUUGUGUAGCAGAGAAGUGUGUGCAGCUCCUGCCAGCCUGUCUACCUGCACGCUGGCUGCGCUCCCUGCUCCUGAUAGCGAGAGGCCCCACCAUUCACCCAGCACACCAGCCCCACUGGGGGGUCUGUGCGCCUCUCACCUGGGCAGGUAAAGCGGGAGGAGCAGGUUUGUGCCCAGUCAGUGGCAGGGGACCAUGUAAGCUCUUGCAUUGCUCUUUGUUAUGAAAUAAAUGGA